GUUGGCUCGCAAUUUGCAAAAUGUUCAAUCCAAACUCACUGCUUCCCAGCAUGCCGCCGCCUGGGACACCUAUCCGUCCGCCUGGACAAGCGGGUACGCCCGUCAUAGUUCCGAAAUUCACACAUCAGCGCGCCCAUAUCCAGAUUGCACAAGAUCACACAUUCACCGUGCCUAUCAAACGCAUCAACGACGAAGCAACUAUGCACCAAUGGCAACGUUCGGACGCCUAUGUUCGACUAUUGGAGUUUAUACAAGUAUUAAAUGAGGCGGUAAAAAACAAGAAAAACAGCGAUCCUUGCACAGUAUCUGAGACAGUACAAAAAAUCCUGGACAUGCUAAACACACUGGACAAGUGGAUAGACGAUAUUCCACCGCUGGAGUCUCCCCAGCGAUUUGGAAAUAAAGCUUUUAGAACAUGGAUUCAACGUCUGGAAGCUAACGCCGAAUCCCUCAUAAACGGCAUUAUUCCUGACGCUCGGCAGCCAGCUACUCCGGAAUUAUUACCAUACCUCACCUCUGCUUUUGGGCACGGCACACGGAUCGACUAUGGAAGCGGGCAUGAGCUAUCGUUUGUUGCAUGGCUGUGUUGUUUGGAUCUGUUGGAAGUUGUUGUACCAGAUGAUUAUCAAGCUCUUGUAACUAGAGUCUUUGCAAGCUACUUGUCGAUUGUACGACGAUUGCAGCGCAUAUAUCUUCUCGAGCCUGCUGGAAGCCAUGGUGUAUGGGGACUAGAUGAUCAUCAGUUUCUUCCCUAUUAUUGGGGAAGUGCACAGCUGUUAGAUCACCCACGGUUGAAACCCAAAUCAGUACUACAAGACGAGCUUGUCUCGCAUUUCCGCAAAGAAUACCUGUACUUGUCCUGCAUUGCUUACAUCCAUGAAGUCAAGAAAGGUCCUUUUUAUGAGCACUCACCGAUGCUCUACGAUAUUUGUGGCGUACCAUACUGGGCCAAAGUCAAUACCGGAAUGCUAAAAAUGUACAUUGCGGAAGUGCUUCACAAGUUCCCUGUAGUUCAGCAUUUACCUUUUGGAAGCUUGUUGCCUUUUGACAAGGUUUCUUCGUGAAGUUUAUGUGCAUGAGUCAUAUGUGGUGCGGAUAUGUAUAUAGUGGACUUUGAUGGGGUCAACAAUCAGCUCCAUGCACUUCGUGGAUAAAUAGAAGAUCAAUAGUAACUUGUAAUUUUAUUCAGGACUAUUUCUGGAGGGAUCCACUUCAGGA